AGUGACAGACAACAGCUGUUUUAAAGAUGCGUUGCCAAGUUUUUUGCUUUUAUUUUGAAGGGCGGAGUAAUUGGUAACGCUGAGCCGUAAUAGAAUGCAAACAUGUGUAUUUUGACAUUUGAGCGGAGUGUUUGACAGCAUCAUAAAAUUUCUAGUGGGUUUGUGUUUCUGCGUUUAGUUGGGAAUUGAUAAAUAUUAUGUUAAUUUAUAUUUCCAAUUUAAUUAAAUUGCAUUCGUAUACGAAUCUAUAGUGAGAUUAUUGCAACCAAGUAAACGGUAUUCAAAUUAAUGUGCGCUAAAAUUGAAUUCUGACAUUUAAGGUUAUUUCUUUAAUUUGUGUGAUUCUGAUGCGCUGGAGCUUUACUCUGCAUUCCUCAUCUCGGUUAUCGCAGAGUCGGUUAUCAUAGAGGCUUUUGUCCACGCUUGCGUGUUGUUUCGGUUUGCGUGUAUGUUUAUUUCUCGAGGAGUUCCAUUAGGUGUCUCAUAUAUGCAUAUAAAAUAAAUUAUCGCGAAUGCCAGAAAUACGGCUUUGGAGAAAUAGCUGCGGCAUUGUGACGCUCAAUAACACAAAAUACGCGGGCAUACACAUACAUACACGCACACACAGGAGAAUUGUGGUCAAUCGCGCAAAUACAAAUUGGUGAACAGACAGAAAAGACAAUUCUGAACAAGAACGCUUGGAGUGUUGUAUUUGUUGGAUUGUGUUUUAUUUAAAUUGGAAUUUAUUAUACUUUUUUUUAAACAUUUUCUGCGGUUGUGUCGAGUGGAUCGGUUGUUUGCGCUGUGCUCAGCGGUUUUAGUUUGUUUUUCUUUCUUUGAGGCGACUAGUGCCGCGUUUUAUAAUUCUUUUAAUACAAAUUAAUGAAACUAAAAAUAAAACUAACAAUAUAAAAAACACGCAGAAUAAACGUGCCGAUAUUUCAUAUCCAUCAGGUACCACACCAAUAGUAGCUGAAACUGCGGUGACAUGAAAGCAAUUGGUAAAAGACCCCUUGAAAAUUAAGAAAAAAAAAAACUUAAAACGCACAGCUAACAUAUCGCAUAAACAUAAAGUGAAAAUUGUAAUAAAAUAAGACUAAAAUUGAUAUCAAAGUGAGGUUUUUACAACACAACAUGGAUCUGGUUGCAGAAAAUGAGAAUGAGGUGUUAUGCGAGAAAAUUAUUAAUGACAUACAAGCGGUAUUUCUCAAGGACCCAGACCUCUCCACAUUUGAAAUCAUACCGACUAUUUUGAAUCGCAACAAAUCGCCCGUGGUCCAUGCCGAACAUCAUCUGGGGCUGGAGUCGUGGUGUGUCAAACAUGUAUACGAUCAUGCGCACAAGGCGAUAAUUGGUUAUCGGCGGCAGCAUCAAACACGCUAUCUGCAACACAGCGAUGUGCUGCUGAAGUAUCUGAAUGUGGCGCUGCUAAUUAAUACGGAUGUGGCCACAUUCUGGAACAUACGCCGCCAAAUGGUGCAGACGAAUCACUUGAAAAUUAAUUGCGAAUUUAAAUUCUCCGCGCUUAUACUGUCGAAGAAGCCAAAAUCGAGCGAAGCCUUCGCAUAUCGACGCUGGUUGUAUUCGUUUCAGAGUCACGACGCCAUCGAUUGGCCCAGUGAGUUUGGCAUUUGUGACCGUUGCGCCGAUCGCAGCGCGAAUAAUUACCACGCAUGGACGCAUCGCCAAUGGGUGCUACAGAAUGCGCCCGAUCUGAUACGCUCCGAAUUGAUGAUAACCGAAAAGUUCAUGCGUAAACACAUUAGCGACUACAGCAGCUAUCAUUAUCGCCAAACGCUGCUUGAGCGCGCCUACGCAUUGUGCUACUACGAAUCAAAUGAGCUGGAACAUUUACAUAAUUUGAAAGAUUUGAUUAGCUAUUAUCUGCAAGAUGAUUUGGAAAUACUUAGCACAGUCGAUGUCUUGCAAAUAAUGUUGCCCGGCGUCGAUCGUGCAGCGCUGGGCGAACCACGGCUCAGCUCCUUUCUCUAUUGCUGCAAUUUGGCUGCGCACGAUAUACGUCUGUGUGACGAUCAGAAGAAUAUGUAUGGCGUGCGUGAAUCAUUUGAGAAUCAUCGACGCUCAUCGUUGCGUUUCAUUGUGGAGAAUUGCGUGCGUUUGUUGUUGGGUGAAUUGCCGGGUCUGUAUUUGACGCCGCGUACAUAUGCGCAACUGCAGGAGUUCAAUGCAGCGCUGAAGAAGUUCGAUUAUGCAACCAAUACAUUUUUGUCGGCGCUUAAGCGUUCGGAGGCGCUUCUGGGCGACAGUCAUCGCAAAUGGUGUACAAUUUUUUUGGGCUUUAAUUACGCGUGAAGCGUGUGCAGCGCAUGCGCAAAUGGCAAAUUAUUGCUGUUUUUAGUGAACUCAUUUUCGAGUUUUAGCGGCGACAAUGAAUAAAGUUAUAUAUUUAAUAUCGUCGUAUAAAAUAUCAUAUGUUGCCGCGACUAUUGUUAGCAGAGCCUAAGGCCGUGGCUUAGCAUUGUGCUUCUUUAAAACUGUUAAAGUUAAAGUGGUGUCAAAAAAAAAAUUCUAAAAUUUAAAACAGAAAAAUGCGUCUAAAAUAUAUAUACAAAUAUAGCUUAAUUCAUGGUUUUUGUCAGUUUGUCAAACCGUUGUGUUUGUUUAGUGCUCAUAUAACGUUACUUUCUUACGCGUUAUAUUCGUUACAUAAUACACAUACAUAUAUACAUCUAGAAACUGCAUUUAUAAUUUAACUUAAAACUAUGAAAAAAACUAAAAUAUUUUAUACCAUAUCUAUAGUUCACUACUACGCUGUCUACCACACUGUGCAUAAAACAUAAAUAAAAUAUAAAUUUAAGUAAUACUUGUAUAAUUAACUACACUUUCGCAUAAGUAUAAAGCUGUCAUUUAAAAAAUCAAAAUUUUUGUUACAACGCGUUGACAAACAAAAAUACUUUUACACCAAAUACUCUUGUAAUCCAAUAAAUAUAUUGUAUAUUAAGUAAAGCAGCAGAAAUAUAUAGUUAGCAUUUAAUAGAAAAUUGUAGCAUGAAUUUAAAGGAAUGUAUAUUGUAAAGAAAAUUUGUAAAAUAAAAAAAACAAUAUGUAAAAGAGACUAUUUUGAAAAAUA